UCCAUCUCAAAAAAACCAAACAAACAAAAAAAAGAAAGUCAUCCAUAUGCUUCAUUGUUGAGUUUGGAAUUCUCCUCCUCCAGGAAGUCUUCCCUGACCUACCUACCCACGGGCUGGGUCAGAGGCCUCCCUCUCUCAUGAACCUGACCAUAGUAUGUGGUCAUUGCUUCCCCCAUUAUUUUCAGGGCAAGGACCACAUCUGGGUCCCAGGCAUUCUGCGCGGUGUUUGCCCAGAGUGGGUGCCAGGGACAUCUAGGGGCCGAUUGAAUCCUGACUGCCCUUGCAGCCUUGCCCAGCCCCCCACCCUCUGGCUUGCCUUGCCCUUUCCCCCUUACUUCGGCUCCCCUGACUCCCGAAAUGGAGAAGGAGCUGGGAUGUCAUUUGCCCAAGUCUGCCCUCUCUGUGGGCCUGUUUCCCAUCAGCACAAGGUGAACAUUAAAAGGUUCUUUCUGAGCCUAGGCAGGCUCCAUGCAGGGCUCUGGGAUAAAGCCAAAAAUCAGAAAUACUUCCUCAACAAAUGGCUGUAAGACCCCACCCACUGGCAUCCAUAGUAAAUACAAGAAGGGCCAUUAUAUCUGCAGGGGCCAGGGAAGGACCCUGAAAACGUGCAUGGACAAGGGAAAAAUCAGCCCGCUAAGUGCGCACGCCGCUGGGGGCGCCACGUGGGCGAGGGCGCGGCCCACAGCUCCAGGGCGCAUCACAAGGCCCAGGUUGCCGUGGCAGCAGCGGAGGCGGUCGGCGCUCAGGCCUGCCAUGAGGGAAGGCCAGGAUGCCGCGGGAGCUCGUGGCUGGAACCGCGCCGGCUCCAUGGCCACUAAAUGGUUCACCGGGGCGCCCUUCGGGGUGCAGAGCCACAGGUUUGACAUCUCUGCUGUUUAUCCCAACCGGAAGAAGUUCAGCACCUUCACUGAGGCCCCAUACUCCAUGCGUUAUUCUACCCAAGUGUCCCACAUAGGCCCGGGGACUUACAGCUCAAAGGAGACCUGCUUCAGCAAGAAUAAGCUGAUGAAGGAGGUGGACACAGGCUGGGCCAAGGCCCAGGAAGCCACGCGGCUGACCCAGCUACCCCACUUCCAGUACCAGGCCAUCAUGAAAGAGAAGCGGCUGCAGGAGCAAAAGCUGGGGCCCGGCUCCUACAACGUCAAAGACUUCUUAGAACAGCUGCGGGAGAAACCGUGUAGCACCCGGGGGCUGCUCAGCUCUGGGGAGGUUCGCUUCCGAGGACUCACUGGGAACUACUAUCCAGGCCCUGGAAAUUAUGGGGAGAAGGGCAACCCAUACACCAAGCUGGAGGAGAAUGCCUGGAACCGGUCCCAUUCCGAGGGCCUCAUGUGCAGGAUGAGCAACAAGCCGGACCCCCGGCCUCAUCAGGGGAGUGGUCUGGGACCCGGCACCUACUCCUUCAAAAGUGACCUUGAGACAUACGUGGCACGAUCCGUCGGCACCCGCGGCCCCUAUGACACUUUUUCUGGUGAUCGGAGCAAGCCACUGCCUUAUGGGCACUACUCCAUGCAGAAAAAAAAGCCCAGGGAACUGAUGAAUUUCAAGAGCUUCGUAGAAGAACUUAACUCACGUCACAACAAGAAGCAUGGGGUUUUUUCUAAACUUCCCCGCAACCCAAAAAUCCCUACAGAGAGGAUUUACUGGGCCAGCCUCAGCCAGUGCCCCCGCACGCUGGCCACAUCUGGCCCCAGUUUCUGGCUUCCACAAGAGAAGAAAUGCAAAUCCGUCAACCAGCCCCCAUUCCUGUUGACCUCCAAGGGGUCAGGCGCAAAGUCCUCUCAGAUGAUUAUGGGAAGCUGGAACCCAGUAGGUGUGGGCCGCUACCUCAACACCUGGCUGAUGGAGACAAAGGACAGGCGGCAGCGAUACCGGUCCCUAUUCCUGGGUGGAUCCAAACGCUACCUCUCAGACCUGGCCCGGGACAUGCUUAUGCAGGAAAGGAUCACACCAUUUACUAAGGGGAAGUGCCCUCCAACUGUGGAUUACAAUUCAGAUCCUACUUCUUAAAGCCACAUGUGAAGGACAGCCCGCAGUGACUGGAGAGCCCAAAGGUCUGAAGACAAAUCUGGGGGUGAGAGCAUCGGUGUGGGAGUGGGGUGUCUUAGAGAAAGGACACAUGGGCCUGGGAGAAGGGAGAGAUGUAUGGGGAUCACCUUUGCCGGAGCUGCAUACCUGAAGGUCACAGUGUCUUCCAGGACAGCGGGGGACAGGUAUCUUUUGUUGCAGGAGAUCAAUUAUCCUGAGAACUCAACUCAGUCAGUGACAUGAACAUGGGGGCCAGAGAGCAGAUGGACUGAAGGGAUGGGACAUGGUUGACACUCGUGUGACCCUUUCUAUUCUAAAGCCAGAGUGCUUGGCCCCUUGUUUAUUAAAGUUCAGAAAGUGGUGGGAGAGUGUA